UCCCUUCUCUCUCCACUCUACACUUCCUCUCUUCCCCCCCAACAAUCCGUCAUGUUCUCCCGGGCUAUCCGACCCGCUCUCUCCUCGGCGGCUCCACUCCGUGGGGUUCAGCAACAAAACGGUAUGGCCACAUUGAGGGAGAUUGAAUCUCGUCUCAAAUCGGUAAAAAACAUUGAGAAAAUCACAAAGUCCAUGAAAGUCGUGGCUUCCACCAAACUUACCCGUGCCGAAAGGGCAAUGCGUGAAGCCAAGAAGUACGGAGCUGCCAACAACGAAAUCUUUCAACACUCCAAACCCGAUUCUCCGGAUCACAAACCCAAGAUCCUCUAUCUUGGGAUUUCCUCCGACGGUGGACUUUGCGGCGGUAUUCACUCUUCCGUAUCCCGUCUCGUCAAAAAAGAAAUGGCCGAAGCUCCUGGAUCCCUCGCAGUUGUGGGGGACAAGAGCAAGGCGCAAUUGAGUCGUGCCAUGCCUCAAUCCCUCAAGGUGUCUUUUAGCAGUGUAGGCAAGGACGUUCCAACUUUUAGUGAAGCUUCCGCUAUUGCCGAUGAAAUCAUGAAAAAUGGUGGUGAAUGGGACGAGAUUCGUAUCGUUUCCAACCAUUACCUUUCCGCUAUCUCAUACGAAUCCCGUAUGGUCUCUGUCAUUUCCGCCGAGGCGCUUAGGGAAUCCGCCGGGUUCAACCGUUAUGAGAUGGAAGAGGAUGUGUCGAAAGAUUUGGCAGAGUUUGCUUUAGCCAACGCUAUUUACACUGCUUUGGUUGAAGGACAUGCAGCGGAGAUCUCGGCAAGGAGGACUGCUAUGGAGAAUGCGUCAAACAACGCCCUGGACAUGAUCGGUUCCCUCCAGUUGAAAUACAACCGUGGUCGUCAAGCCGUGAUCACCAACGAACUCAUUGAUAUCAUCACCGGGGCGUCGGCGCUGUAGACGUGGCAUAGAGCGCUUGAAAGAAAAAAAUCCUGGAUGCAGCGAAAAUGAACCAAAGC